AUGAAAUUCAAGCGGGCAUCUCUGGGGGCACUCGUUCCAAGUUUUGCAAAUGGACUACCUUUUCUACAUGGUGUUAUUAAUUGCGACUUCACUGGACUAAUAAUUGAGAAUCCUAUAACUGAUGGAUGGUUUGUCACGGCAUUGAUAUACGAUGCAGUUGAAGAAAAUAUAAAAGAAAUUGUCUGCCACAAAAUGGUUGAAUCUUUGGAUAAAAAGAUCAGAAACGACAUUCACGAACUUCAAGUUGAUUUCCCUAUCUUCUUCAAUUCAUCUGAAAUGUCAUACAGAAUGUUCAAAAAGGCACCAUACAUAAGUCCAUCCAAACAAAUUCGCUACUUUUUGGAGGGAGAAAUAGAGUUACCCAUCUCCGAACCAGCUGUUUUUCUACCGAAUGAAGUAGUAGAAAACAGUAUACAAAGACACGUGGCAUAUCAUAUUCACGAAAAACUUUUAGCUGAAAUGUUGGAUGGAAUAUGUGAAAAAGGACUUUUUGAUAGCAACUUCACAUCCCUCCCAACAAUGAAACCAGUCAGUUACCUUUGUUUGGGCACAAGUGUCAUAAUCCAAGGUCUUUCUAACACAAUUACAAUCAUCAUACACAUUACAAGUCUGGAGACUUAUACAGAUGACCAAGAAAAGACUCAGCUUCGUAGUUUUAUGGUGACCCCAUUACACAACAGUGAACAUGAAUUGUUUAUCCGAUUGAAGUCACAAAUUGCUAACCGAUGGUUGGAUAAUACAUUCACAGAACAGCUUUUCAAUCAUCUAUCGAAAGUGCUCUCCGACAAUUUCCGUCUUCCUCUUCCAUUCAUUCACAACUCUUCAAUCUCUGAUGUAAUCUUUUUAGCCAAUGCAGACUACUUCACAAUUCUUUCAAACUUUGACUUUCAUCAAGAUGAUACUCAAUUUAGGUUAUAA